GUGCGGGACCGGGGUAGCUGUUCGAUGUUGCACAUGGUCUGGCUUGGUUCCAACUUUGACGAAGGAGCAAGACAGAGCAGCAGCCUCUCCUGAAUGACGUCCCCUGUGUUAGUUGUGCGUCUCCCACGGGGCCCGGAGGGACAGAGCCGAGGCUUUGACCCCACAUCUGCCCGCUACCACGCCUUGGCACCCUCCACCAUUCGAGCUUCGAACAACUGCUCCAGUGUCUGCCUGGCAGAGGAGCAGCGCUCCCGCUCUCUGCUCCGGGAACGCUUUCUGCAAAGUUUGAUUACGAUGACGAAGAAGCCGGUGACCUUUACAAUGUAUGAGCAGGUGAUUGUCACCGCAGCAUUCACCGCCUCUGACAUUGACAUCCUCAACUUCCAAGUCACGGCCUUGCAGACGCCAUUAGGCAUUCAGAAGGAAGCCUUACUGCGCUGUACUGACAUCAUUGCUUGUACAUUUGACCUUGAAUGCACUCCGACUAUUUGUUAGAAAGGCUGUUAUACCCUGUUACCUGUCUGGCUUGACCAUGGUCGGGUCAGAGUCACAACACUGGGAAUGAGAUUUUUAUUCCUCGGAAAGUGACCCGCUGAGUUGCCCCAGCAUUUUGUGUCUAUGUUUGGUUUUCAACCAGCUUAUGCAGUUACAUAUUGAGCAUUGAAAUUGGGAUGGAGAAACAAGGAAGUGCAGAUGCUGAUAUACAGAAAAACUGUUGGAGUAACUCAUCUGAAGAAGGGUACCGAACCGAAAGGUCACCUAUCAAUGUUCACCAGGGAUGCUGCCUGACCCGCUGAGUUACUCCAGCACUUUGUCUUUCGUUGGUAAUCCAGCAUCUGCAGUUCGCUGUUUCUAAAUGUUAUUCCUUCUCCCAUUGAGGAUUUUUGCACCCAUUCCAUUACCUUUGUAUCAGGAGGGGAAUUACUGGAGGUCUGAGUUGAGAGGUGGAAAGUGCACUGUUAUUAUUAAUAUGUGCAAAUUUGGUUUGUGCGGUAAAAUUUUGAAUUAAAAUGUUUAGUUUAUAAAA